AUGAUCACCACGGUGCUCACCAGGCCGUGCACACGCUCCCCGCAGCUAUCCGGCUCGCUGAUGGGGCUCCUUGUUCAUCGUGCCGCACCCUGUCUUGUGCGUAAAAGCAGCUCCCACCCAGCAGCGGCUCCAGCUCCCGGAAGGUUCGGGCCCAGAGAUGGGAGAGGAGAGGCAGCAGCUCGGGUUGUGACACGGACACACCGGCCGGGAAGGAUGGCUCUCAGCAGCCGGGGAAUGUUGCGCGUGCUCGGAUCCGCCUGCCUCUGGCUGCCGCUGCUGGCGGAGGUUGUGGCUCAGGACAGUUACCUAAACGAGGUGCAGAACUCAGUGCCUCUGUCCUGCUCUGAGGGAUUCACCGAGCUGGGGUAUUACAACGGCACCGUGUCCCAGACCGACUCUGGUGCACCAUGUCUGAAGUGGACCGAGUUUCCAGACUAUGUCAUGCAGUACCCGGGCCGGGGACUGGGGGACCACAGCUACUGCAGGAACCCGGACCGCGAGUCCAAUCCAUGGUGCUUCUUCAGACAGAACUCUGGAGCCAUCGGCUGGGCUUACUGCGACUGCCACCAAGGUGCAGUUCGGCUGGUUGGCAGCUCCUUGUCUGGCAGUGGACGGGUUGAGGUUUACCUGAACGGCCAGUGGGGUGCGGUGUGCAACUCCCACUGGACAGAUCGAGAUGCUAGCGUGAUCUGCCGGCAGCUGGGUCUGGGGGAUAUCGGCACUGCGCUGCAGCACUCCCAGUUCGGCUCGGGCUCCGGCCUCUUCCACUACGAGCGACUGGGUUGCCGUGGAGAAGAGGACACCCUCAGUAGGUGCCGAAGCAGGACGUUCGUCACCGGUGACUGUAGCCAUGGAAACGAGGCGGCAGUGGCGUGCGCACCGCCAGAAGGAAGCGGUCCUCCGCUGCGAUUGGUUGGAGGCGAGGAGGACUUUGAAGGUCGGGUGGAGGUGUUUCACGCUGGACGGUGGGGCUCUGUUUGUGAUGACCAAUGGGACGACCGAGACGCAGAAGUGGUGUGCAGGCAGCUCGGUUUUGGGGGAGAAGCAAAGGCGUGGUCUUGGGCCCACUUUGGACAGGGUUCAGGUCCCAUCCUGCUGGAUGCUGUAAAGUGCACCGGGAACGAGCUGUUCCUGGAUCAGUGUCCCCACGGAGACUGGGAGCAGCACAACUGUGACCACAUGGAGGACGCCGGGGUCUCCUGUAGUCCUUAUACAGAUGGCGUGGUGCGUCUGGUGGGCGGAGACAGUCCCUGGGAGGGUCGUGUGGAAGUGUUUCACAACAGAGACUGGGGGACGGUGUGUGAUGACCACUGGACCCAGCAGCAUGCAGAGGUGGUCUGCAGGCAGCUGGGCUACAGGGGUCACGCUGAGGUUGUGGCGGACGGGACGUUCGGUGAGGGCGUCGGUUUGAUCCUCCUGGACGACGUCCGCUGCGAGGGGUCAGAGACGUCUCUGCUGGACUGUCGCCACGGGAUCUGGGGGCGCACCAGCUGCUCCCACAGCGAGGACGUUGGCGUCCGCUGCCGAGGAAGACCCGGCCAGGAGACCAACGAGGUGCCCGCCAUCGCGCCUUCCACAGGUCCCCUGGUGCGACUCGUGGGUGGCAGCAGCAGGAUGGAAGGUCGAGUCGAGGUGUAUCUCCAUGGAGACUGGGGAAGUAUCUGUGACUCGGGCUGGAGCGACCUGAACGCCGCCGUGGUGUGCAGACAGCUUGGACACAGUGGCAGAGCGGAGGCGGCCGGAGGGUUCGGUCGGGGGAAGGGACCCAUCCACCUGGACCAGGUGAGGUGCACGGGGAAGGAGGAGUUCCUGGGAGAGUGCCCCUCACUUGGACAGAACAUCCAGGGCUGCAGACGCAGGGAGGACGCAGGAGUGAGGUGUGCCGUCACGCCACGGGAGUCGGCGUCGAAGACCGAGCCUCAGAAUGUGAGCUGUGGGCUGAGAAAGCUGGUGGAGGAGGACGGGAAGAGGAGGGACCAGAGAGAGGACAACAUGCUAAAGACGUCGUGGCCAUGGCAGGUGUCAGUGUGGCUGCAGACUCAGGAAGUGGUUGGUGGCCCCCUGUGCAGUGGCACCUUGCUCAGCCCCUGCUGGGUGCUGACGUCUGCUUCCUGUGUCAGCAGGUUUGGCAGCGACCCCUCCAGGUUCGUGGUCCGAGUAGGAGCAUCGGAGCAGAGCCUCACUCCGCAGCAGGUGGUGCUUCACCACAAGUUCAAGGGUCAGAGCGGAGGCCAUGAUUUAGCCAUGCUGAAGCUGCCCAGCACCAAGGGUCACUGUUUGACCUUUGAACCCAACACCAACUCAGCGUGCAUCCCUGCUGCUGAAGCUGCAGUGAGAGAAAAGACUCCAUCGUCGUGUGUCGUCAUGGUUACCACCAGCUGGACAGGACCAGACUCUGUUAUCGCCUCCUGGGUCCCUCUGAUGUUGUCAUGGCAAUGCAAGAAGCGCUAUGGCAACAGCUUCUCCAGUCACGGCACACUGUGCGCCGGCAGUCCUCCAGACACUAGCCUUCUCCAUAGCGACGGUUGCCAAGGCAACUCUGGAGGCGGGCUGGUGUGCCAGGAGGAGGAGACCGGUCGAUGGAUCCUCACCGGGGUCGUCGCCGGGGGUUACGGCUGCUCCGACCCGUCCUCCCCUGCGCUGUACGUGCGGGUCGACCGCUUCAGGAGCUGGAUCGACGAGGUCAUGGGCGCGCACGGACAUCCCAAGGAGGCGCAAAACCAUCCGACUCACACAGACGGUGACCUUUCCCAUCAAGAGGAGCACGUGCACGGCAAGCUCAAAUACAAAGAAACCAGCGAGGUCAAACACACACACUUACACACUCCUCAGCAGCCUGGCAUGAAAACGCACCACGCCGAGGGCGGCGACAAAAACAAACAAAUGGUCUGACAGAGGCCACCGGUCGCCUCCUGCUCCAUGUGACCGCCCGAGGAGAGGAAGGAGCGAAUGAAACGAUGCUUCAGCUUAACGUCUCGUUAAAACCCCAACUCAGCAUCGUGAAGUGUUUCUCAUCGUCAGACAGAUUCUCUUUACCGUAACCGACCGGAUGAAGACCGACGGGUCGUUCAGAGCGACAGCAUGCUAACCGGGACCUUUUUACUGAUAAAGAUAAAAAUAAAAAAAUCAGCACGGCAUGUAUUUAAAAGGACUGUGGCCUUGGCCAAAAAUGUCCGAGGGACAUUUUAAAGACGCAUCACACGUCAAUCUAUGCUAACUCCAUUUACGCCUCCGCUGUGCGAGCUAAAGGCUAACCAGCAGAAUGCGUCGUGUUUAAUAAUCCACGUAGAUAUUCUGCUGCAGCAGACGAGGCCCGUCUUUAAAUUAGCUUCUUAUUUUUUAAUAACGUGCUUCUUUUCCAAACAGACAUCUUCUUCAGGGUGGAGUCUCUUCCUUUACUGGUGAACGUGCUGUGGGUAGUUUAGCUCCAUAACUCCGGACCAUACCACUGAUUCACCACAUUUUAUUCUCUCGUUAGCAGCUUUUAUAAACCUCUAACACUACGGAGCCUUUUGCAUUUGUUGCGGCGGCCAUCUUGAACCAUGUCGACUCCUAAAAGCUGUAGAUGCACACUGAUCGCUCUCUAAAUCAACCUGGUUAUGGCUCGACUCUUAUGUCUCCAAAUGAAUAUCUGCAGCAGGUAAGAUUUAUAAAAGCUAAUGCGAUAUCUGCUCUGGAUCGUUGUUAAAUGUUCUAACACAUGGAGAAUCAUUGGUAUGGUCCUUGACAUGUGUACAGAAUAAUCCUGUCUUUUUAAAGCCAUUCGAAGCUGUCAGGUCCGACAUGUUUUUGUAAAACUAUAGGUAGAUUGAUCCCGUAGUUAUUUGCUCAGAUAGAUGGAUGGGUAGCUGCUUGUAGUGUUUUAGGUGAAUUAAACCCGGUGAAUGUGAAUCCUCUGAGCGGAUCCAUUCAGAGGAUGAUGAUGUUGCUCUCUCAUCAGGACCGUUUCACCAGAUGUUCCUUCUUUUUAUACGGUUGCUGUAAGCGUAUGGACUUGUGACGUACUGUGACUCAUUGUGUUGUGAAGCAUCUUGUUACCCGCUGCCGCCCGUCCCAAGCCGGCUGUUCUCGUCCUGUACAUAGACUCCAUGUUUUCUGCCCGGGCUCCUGUAAACACAGUUCGUCUCCAGGCUGCAGAGUAAAAACGCUCGUGUCGAAGCCAUCAGAUGUUCCUGUGCUGAAUCAUGGUUGAGUAUUAAAGCAUAAA